CUGGGUGGGAAGGGAGGCGUUAGAGCUGCCCCCAGGAGGGUCCCCAAGGCUCCAGCGGGGUAUCCGGAGCACAGGGUUUGGUCUUGGGACGGUCCAGAACAGAAAGGGGGUGGAUGGUUAGAAGGCACUUGGGUGCCCGGGGAGGGGUUUAGGACGUGAGAGAAGAGGUAAUUUAGUUAAUGUAAAGAGAGGGUCGAGUUAUACCGGGAAAGAAUUAGGCCAGUGAGAGGAGUCUUGGUGUGAAAAAAUAUUAGGAAACGGACAUCCCCGGAGGGCACAGUUAGAGAUGAGGGAGAGGUCCAGGUGUGAAGAAUGGGGUUACAUUAAUGUGAAGAGGAGUUAAACCAACGUGAAGGGGGGUUGGGUACCCUUGGAAUGGGUUUGUGUGUGGGGGGUGUCUCUGUGCAAAGAAGCCUUGUUAUGUGAAAAGGAUGUCUGGGUGUCCCUAGAAUAGGUUGGGUGGAGGUCGUCCUUUUGAAAAGUACAGGGAAUUAGAUCAAGGUGAAAAGUGGAAAUUGGGUGUCCCUGGAGAGGGUUAGGGUGGUGAGAAAGAUCUGGGUAAGGGGGUGUCUGGAUAUUGCUGGAAUGAGAAUGAACUGUUAGAUUGAUAGGAAAUUGGAGGUCUGGGUGUCCCCAGGGUAUAUAAUAAAGGUGUGUGUGUGUAUUGGGGGUACCAAAAAAUGUAUACACAUGACUUGUAUUCAUCUUUUGUUAUCAGUAUAGAGUACUACAAUAUUUAUACAGUUUUUUCCUUUCUUAAAAUGUGUAUACAUUUUUUUGGGUAUCCUCUAUAUCUGGUGAGAGGGUCUGGAUGUGAGGAAGAGGGAUCUGGCUAUGCUUCUGUCUGGGUUAGGAUGUGGUGGUGUGGGGGUUCUGCAUAAGAAGAGAGGGUCUCGGUAUCCCUAAAGGGGAGUUGGGCAACGGGAGGGUCGAUGUGUGAAAGGGGUUCAAGCCAUUGUGAAUGGUAGUCUGGAUAUAUAUCCCUGGAUUGGCCCAGGGCCUUGCUGCUGCCAUGACUGAGGAGUCGGAGGAGACGGUCCUGUACAUUGAGCAUCGCUUUGUUUGCUCUGAGUGCAACCAGCUCUAUGGAUCCCUGGAGGAGGUGCUCAUGCAUCAGAACUCGCAUGUGCCCCAGCAGCAUUUUGAGCUGGUGGGUGUGGCCGACCCUGGAGUCACUGUGGCCACAGAGGCAGCUUCUGGCACGGGCCUCUAUCAAACCCUAGUGCAAGAGAGUCAGUACCAGUGCUUGGAGUGUGGGCAGCUGCUGAUGUCACCCAGCCAGCUCCUGGAGCACCAGGAACUGCACCUGAAAAUGAUAGCACCCCAGGAGGCAGUGCCGGCUGAGCCCCCACCCAAGGUUCCCCCCGUGAGCUCCAGUACCAUCCAUUAUGAGUGUGUAGAUUGCAAGGCUCUUUUUGCCAGCCAAGAGCUCUGGCUGAACCACCGGCAGACACACCUCCGAGCCACUCCCACCAAGCCUCCGGCCCCAGUUGUGUUGGGGUCCCCAGUAGUCCUAGGGCCCCCCAUGGGCCAGGCCCGUGUGGCCAUGGAACACUCAUACCGCAAAGCAGAAGAGGGUGGUGAAGGGGCGGCUGUCCCCUCUGCUGCUGCCACCACCACUGAGGUGGUGACUGAGGUGGAGCUGCUCCUCUACAAGUGCUCUGAGUGCUCCCAGCUCUUCCAGCUACCAGCCGACUUCUUGGAACACCAGGCCACCCACUUCCCUGCUCCUGCCCCAGAGUCUGAGGAGCCUGCCUUGCAGCAGGAAACCCUGACCCCAUCACCUGCAGAGGUCCCCGUGACUCAGCCUGAUUCCCUGCCAUCCUCUGACCAUAGUUAUGAGCUGCGCAAUGGUGAAGCCAUUGGGCGUGAUCGCCGGGGGCGCAAGGCCCCUCGGAGGAACAACAGUGGAGAGCCAGGCGGGGCUGCCACCCAGGAGCUGUUUUGCUCUGCCUGUGAUCAGCUCUUUCUCUCACCUCAUCAGCUACAGCAGCAUCUGCGGAGUCACCGGGAGGGAGUCUUUAAGUGCCCCCUGUGCAGUCGUGUCUUCCCCAGCCCUUCCAGUCUGGACCAGCACCUUGGGGACCACAGCAGUGAGUCUCACUUCCUGUGUGUGGACUGUGGCCUGGCCUUCAGCACAGAGGCCCUCCUCCUGGCCCAUCGGCGAGCCCACACCCCAAACCCUCUGCAUUCAUGUCCAUGUGGAAAGAACUUUGUCAACCUCACCAAGUUCCUUUAUCACCGUCGUACCCAUGGGGUGGGGGGUGUCCCUCUGCCCACAACACCAGUCCCACCAGAGGAGCCUGUCAUUAGUUUCCCUGAGCCUCCUCCCCCAGAGACUGGAGAGCCAGAGGCCCCAGAGCCCGCCGUGUCUGAGGAGAGCUCAGCAGAGCCUGCUGCCCCAGGCACUUACCGCUGCCUCUUGUGCAGCCGUGAAUUUGGCAAGGCAUUGCAGCUGACCCGGCACCAGCGUUUUGUGCACCGACUAGAACGGCGCCAUAAGUGUGGCAUUUGUGGCAAGAUGUUCAAGAAGAAGUCUCAUGUGCGAAACCACCUGCGCACACACACGGGUGAACGGCCCUUCCCCUGCCCAGACUGCUCCAAGCCUUUCAACUCACCUGCCAACCUGGCCCGCCACCGGCUCACACAUACAGGGGAGCGGCCCUACCGGUGUGGGGACUGUGGCAAGGCUUUCACACAGAGCUCUACACUGAGGCAACACCGCCUGGUACACGCCCAGCACUUCCCCUACCGCUGCCAGGAGUGCGGAGUGCGUUUUCACCGUCCCUACCGCCUGCUCAUGCACCGCUACCACCAUACGGGCGAGUACCCCUACAAGUGUCGCGAGUGCCCCCGCUCCUUCCUGCUGCGCCGGCUGCUGGAGGUGCACCAGCUUGUGGCCCACGCUGGGCUUCAGCCACAUCGCUGCCCAUCUUGUGGGGCUGCCUUCCCUUCCUCACUGCGGCUCCAUGAGCACCGCUGUGCGGCCGCUGCUGCCCAGGGCCCACGGCGCUUUGAGUGUGACACCUGUGGCAAGAAAGUGGGCUCAGCUGCUCGGCUGCAGGCACAUGAGGCAGCCCACGCGGCUGCUGGGCCUGGAGAGGUCCUAGCUAAGGAGCCCCCAGCCCCUCGGGCCCCACGUGCCCCUCGCACACCAGUUGCCUCUGCGACAACCCUUGCAGGCACUGCCGCUGCAGCCCCUGCAGCCCCUGCCCGACGCCGGGGCCUGGAGUGCAGCGAGUGCAAGAAGCUAUUCAGCACAGAGACAUCGCUGCAGGUGCACCAGCGCAUCCACACAGGCGAGAGGCCAUACCCGUGUCCGGACUGUGGCAAGGCAUUCCGUCAGAGUACCCACCUAAAGGACCACCGGCGCCUGCACACAGGUGAGCGGCCCUUUGCCUGUGAAGAGUGUGGCAAGGCCUUUGCAAUCUCCAUGCGCCUGGCAGAACAUCGCCGCAUUCACACAAAUGAGCGGCCCUAUUCCUGCCCCGACUGUGGGAAAAGCUACCGCUCCUUCUCCAACCUGUGGAAGCACCGCAAGACCCACCAGCAGCAGCACCAGGCAGCUGUGCGGCAGCAGCUGGCAGAGGCGGAGGCUGCCGUUGGCCUGGCUGUGAUGGAGACUGCAGUGGAGGCGCUGCCCCUAGUGGAGACCAUUGAGAUCUACCCUCUGGCUGAGGCUGAGGGGGUCCAGAUCAGUGGCUGACCCUGCCCAUUCCCUCUGCAGCAGCAGCACGCCCUGUUGCUGAAGAACCUCCUCCAUCGUACCCUUAAGUCUCUGUACAUACAGUACCCCUUCCUCCACUCCUCCCAACCACUGUGUAAGUUCUGUAACUGGAUUUAUUCUCUUCUGAGGGGGGGUGCUCUGGGGUCCUUGAUAUGCGUAAAGGUGCCCACCGCCCUUCCACCUGUUAGCACUGGUGACCCCAAGGUGAAACAGUCAAUAAAGACUGAGUUGGACAUUUAAA